ACCUGCCUGAGGUUUUCCUCCAGGAAAGUGGCAGCGCUGGGGCUGAAAUCCAGGCUGACUUGGAGCCCAGAACACGUCUGCCAAUCCGAGCCUCUAAAGGGCAGCCUGUCUACACAAGAGAACACUCCGUGCACUAACCUGGAAAUCAUCCACGCGGCUCGCCCAGCGCCCCAGGCUCAGAGGGCAGCAGGAGCCCUGGGCAGCUGCAGCCCCCCACCUGGCCUCUGUAGGUCUGGGUUCUGGAAACUGUAGCCAGCCUGGCUGGGGCCGGCGCUGGGCAGGAGCUGGAGCUCUGGCCUAGGCUGGAGGUGGAGGGAGGAAGUGCCCAGGAGGGUGAUGACAUCACAGCCCAGCCCUUGAAAGAUGAUAUGUUCCCGCUGCCACUCCAGCUCAGCUCCGGAGGUUCCUCGGAGGACUGGGGCCCUUGGGCAGCCCCGCUGGACCAGGGAGCUACGAAGUGCCCGCGUUUGUGCUCCGGACAAGAUGAGGAAACUGAGGCCCAGAGAGGGAAAGCCACCUGCUCAAAGGCACGUGCUGAGUCAGCGGCCCAGGUCAGCCUGGGCAGGCCGUUACUCACGUCCCCCUCUGAGUCCAACUGUUCUCUGCCUGGAGGAGAUCAAUGAUCCAGUGUGUUCAUGAGGACGCCGUGCCCACCACUGCCUCUUUCAGCGCCAAAAUGUUCAACAUCACCUCGCAGGUCCUUGAGCCUGCUCUCACCGGGACCCCUCCCCAGAGCAGCGGCUGCGUCCACUCCAACUGGUGGAGCUGGCUGAACACCAUUCAGUCCCCGUUCCUCUGGGUCCUCUUCAUACUGGCAACUCUCGAGAACGUCUUCGUCCUCAGCGUCUUCUGCUUGCACAAGAGCAGGUGCACGGUGGCGGAGGUCUACCUGGGCAAUCUGGCCGCGGCCGACCUGCUCUUGGCCUGCGGGCUGCCCUUCUGGGCCAUCACCAUCGCCAACAACUUCGACUGGCUCUUUGGGGAGGUCCUCUGCCGCGUGGUGAACGCCGCGCUCUACAUGAAUCUCUACAGCAGCAUCUGCUUCCUCAUGCUGGUCAGCAUCGACCGCUACCUGGCCCUGGUGAAGACCAUGUCCAUGGGCCGGAUGCGCGGGGUGCGCUGGGCCAGACUCUACAGCCUGGUGAUCUGGGGCUGCACGCUGCUCCUGAGCUUGCCCAUGCUGGUGUUCCGGACCAUGCGGGAGUAUGGGGCCGAGGGCCACAACGUCACCGCCUGCAUCAUCAUCUACCCGUCCCGCAGCUGGGAGGUCUUCACCAACAUCCUCCUGAACUCCGUGGGCUUCCUGCUGCCCCUCGGCGUCAUCACCUUCUGCACCGUGCAGAUCCUGCGCGUGCUGCGCAACAACGAGAUGCAGAAGUUCAAGGAGAUCCAGACGGAGAGGAAAGCCACCGUGCUGGUCCUGGCCGUGCUGCUACUGUUCAUCGUCUGCUGGCUGCCCUUCCAGAUCAGCACCUUCCUGGACACGCUGCAGCGCCUCGACGUCCUCUCCAGCUGCUGGGACGAGCACGUGAUCGACGUCUUCACGCAGAUCGCGUCCUACGUGGCCUAUAGCAACAGCUGCCUCAACCCGCUGGUGUACGUGAUCGUGGGCAAGAGCUUCCGCAAGAAGUCGCGGGAGGUGUACGGGCGGCUGUGCCGGCAGGCGGGCUGCGGUUCGGAGCCCAGCCAGAUGGAGAACUCCAUGGGCACGCUGCGGACCUCCAUCUCAGUGGAACGCCAGAUUCACAAACUGUCGUAGUGGGUGGGAAGCAGCCAGUGAGCAGAUGUCACCAGGGCUACUAACGUGGGUGACGACUGUUGGACAGUGGUUCUCAGGAUGUGCCCCAGGAGGAAUGGAAGGAAUCCCAAGUGUGACCUCGGGCAGUGAGUCGGUGUCUCCAGUAAAUUCCUGCCCGGCUCAAGUUGCAGAUAACAAGGCUGUGAGGUUGGAGUGAUCUGGUACACAGCCAAGGGCUCCAGAAACACAAGAGUAUUAUUGUUCUUAUUUGCUGCCACCCCUAGACCAGUCUGCUGCUUCCCAGGAGUGGAGGGAGCCUGGGGGCAGGGACAGGAGUGAUCGAGCUUCCCUCCCAUGUGGUGUCCCACCUUGCCCCAGCAUGACAGCUCAGAUCUCCAGAAAUGCCACCCAGCUUUGGUGCAGCGGCUGAGUGCCCACGCAGGGCUCAGCUGAAGUUUUGCCUUGGGUUUCUUUAAUCCACUCAGCUAGGACCCUGGAGGAUGAUUUCUCAAGUAAAUGAAGGUUAAACUCUGAGAGAUCCAUGGUGUGAACCCGGAGACCAGUAUUCUUUCAUACCCCUCAUGGAAAGACAAGUGGUCUGUGCCAAAGAAGAACCCAGUAAGCACUUAUCCAGCACUUGCUGUAUAUGCAGCCUUGAGCACUGUGGGUAAGAGAAGAAAAAGAAAGUACAGUCUCGGUCUUGAAGGAACUUGCAGACUCACGUGGGGAUAAGUCAGCACCUGCAGCCACCAGAAGGCUGUUCUAGACACGGUCAAGCAAGGCACUGUGGGCGGGGCAGAGCAGAGGGGUGAGGAGAGGCCGCCCCAGCUCAGCCUAUAACUAGUUGCACGUGGCUGUGUCCCUGCCUCGGUUUCCUCCUCUGUAACACGAGGCUGUUGGGGGAUUAAAGGAGCUAACAGGCAUAAAAGUACUUUGACAAAUGAAAGGUGCUAUGUAAAUGUGAGGCAUUAUUACGCCCACAGAACAGGAAUAAAUUUAUUAUAAGGAGAAAGACACAGGUUCAGCAAAAGGUCCGUAGAGGAGAAUCGGUAGCCAAUGGUGGUGUAAAGCACCCAUCGGUGUCUGACACAUACUAGGUGCUCAAUAUGUUAGCUCCCUUCCACCACCUGUCCUUCCCAUCAACGUGCGCACACACACACACACACACACACACACACACACGCGAGCGCGCGCGCGCACACACAAGCAUUUUCAGGGAAGGUCACCCCUUCAGUGGAGGUGGGAGAACGCCCUCCCCAACCCGUCUCUGGCAGAUCAUUUGCCCAAAGAAGCAUCUGCAGAGGGGUCCGCGGCUCCGCCUCCUGUGGGCGGGGCAGGGACGGGUCGUUGUGCCGAGGGGCGGGGUGGGCAGUGAUGGGCGGGGCGGAAAGCCGGUACCAGGUGUCAGGCAGGAGGAAGCUGGACCAGCAUCCUUGGCCAGAGGCUUAAGAGACAGCCCUAGCCCCAAGCCCGAGGUCCUCCAGGGGGAAUUCGUUUCUUCUUUCUCUACACGUUUUAUAAUCUGCCUUCUGUGGCCGGCCCACGUGGAGAUAACGGAGAACGCACCACCCAGGCGCCGACAUCAAGCCCUCAGAGUCAAGGCAGGGAGGGACGCUCAGUAGCAAUGGAGUUUGGGGCGUGUAAUGUAGGCAGCGCCCUGGAAGCACUCCCUCGAUCAGUAAAUGGGUGAUUUGUUAGCGGGCUCUCCCUGGAGAGGAUAGAACCUGGGGGACCAGGAGAGUUUAGAUGGCAAAGAGCCCAUAAAUACUGCCCAAUCCAGCUCUGGAUUUUAAAAGAAAAAGAGUCACAGAAGAUUUCUUCCCCAUCCCAGCCUUUGUUUUCUGCCACGCAUACCCCUCUGCCCAAAUAAACAUACACACUUCUAGCUGGAGAAAGAAAACAGAGGAAAUAAGAAACAGGAACCAUUUAGCAUUAGAACGAAGUAGGAACCAUUUAGUAUUAGAAUGAAGUUAAACCAUGUGCAUAUUGUGAGUGGGGUAACGCAAAAGGAGGCUGGGCUUUGGAAUGUGUACCACUCAUUCAUCAGUGGGUGUGUAUGGUCUAAAGGUCUCCUAUGAGCAGAGCCACAUCACAGCCCUGGGCUCCUAAUGGCCAUUUAGGGUCCACCCGCGGGCUAAGGAGCAAUCGGUCUGUGGGAAGGGAGCUGCCCCGUGGGUUGUGUUGGUACCAUGACAAAGAACAUCUGUCCUGUGAAAGGUCCAAAGAGCUACUACAUUGUAAAGAGGGAGCAUUUCACAAACAAGGAGAAAUGGAUGAACGGCAUAAACAUGUGUUUUUGUCCAGCAUAAUAAAGGGAUGAGGCAUU